GAUAUCUUUCUUAAACUCAAGCGCUCCUAUAAAGACCAUUAACUGAAUUCUCUUUUCCACCAUGGCCAGUGUCCGUCUCCCUCUCCAACACAAACAGGGAAGUAAAAAAACCAAAACCCUCAAAACCCAUCACAAAUAUUAAAAACCCUUGCAUACAUAAGCACCUUCCUUGCUUGAUUAGUAUUUGUAUUUUAAAAGAAUACCUUCAAGAUUCAUUACCCCAUCAAAAAAAAAAAAAAUUAAUUAAACCUUCCUAGGAUAAUCCUCUCUCUCCAAUAUGGAAAAAACAAACACACCAUCAAUAAAUAGCAGGGAAAAAAAUCUUGAAUUGAGUUCCAGUGCUAGUUUUCUCUUGCCAAACGGCUACGACUCAAAAGAUCCUGAUAUAGAGAUGAUACAGAUACAGCCUUUAACCUACACAAGUUUGAGGGACUUGUUACCUUCAUCACCACCACCACCAUGCCUCCUGUCACCAACACAAAGGUCAAGUAGCUGGAAAGAGAUAUCCAUCAGGAAUCCAUUGGUGAAGCAUGCAGCUAGGGCUUACUUACAGCCCAUGUCAACUCCUGAUGUUGGCAAUAGAGGGUUGUUUCAGAGAUUGAAAGAUCAAUGUGGGUGCAUUGGGUGGUUCGACGACAUCGUUCUGAAGCCCCUGAUGGUUAAGUUUUUUGGGAGGAGAGAGGAGAUUAGUGACGAUGAUGACGAAGACGAUUAUUUGAGACGAGAUUAGAGAGGAGGUUUGACUCCAGGCAAGG